AUGGCCGCCAACGACCACGUCCUCACGCUGUCCUGCCCUGACCGGCCCGGCAUCGUCCACGCCGUUACCGGCGUCUUCGCCUCGCGCGGGCACAACAUCCUGGACCUGCAGCAGUUCAGCGACCCCAUCUCGGAGCGCUUCUUCAUGCGCGUGCACUUUGGCCCCGCGCCGGCUGCCGAGGGCAUCGACGCCUCCUCGACGUCGCACCUCGAGCCCGCGUUCGCCGCGCUCGCCGCCGAGUACUCGAUGGAGCUCGACGUACGGCCGGCGGCUCGCAAGACUCGCGUGCUGCUCAUGGUGUCCAAGAUCGGCCACUGCCUCAACGACCUCCUCUUCCGCAUGAAGACUGGCCAGUUGCAAAUCGAGGUCCCCCUCAUCGUCUCCAACCACCCCGAGUUCGCCGCGCUCGCCAAGAGCUACGACGUGCCGUUCCUGCACCUCCCCGUGACCAAGGACACCAAGGCGCAGCAGGAGGCGCGCGUGCUCGAGCUCGUGCUACAGCACGAAAUCGAGCUCAUCGUGCUCGCGCGGUACAUGCAGGUGCUGUCGCCGACGCUGUGCGCGGCCAUGAGCGGGCGCAUCAUCAACAUCCACCACUCGUUCCUGCCGAGCUUCAAGGGCGCGCGGCCGUACCACCAGGCGUACGAGCGCGGCGUCAAGAUUAUCGGCGCGACGGCGCACUUCGUCACGGCGGACCUCGACGAGGGCCCCAUCAUCGAGCAGCGCGUCACCCGCGUCGACCACGUCAUGGGCCCCAAGCAGCUGACCGAGGAAGGGUCCAACAUGGAGAGCCAGGUGCUGGCGGCGGCGGUCAAGUGGUACGCGGACCGGCGCGUGUUUCUCAACGGGUCCAAGACCGUUGUCUUUGAUUAG